CUUCCAAACGCUGGGGCUUUACAUAGGUUGUGUCUGGUCCCUCAGAAAACGGACAUACAGGUGUUGAAAGGGGUUUCUGCCAGAGCUCAGGGAAGCCGUUUGAGAACUACGUUCUGGCACGCCAGGGGCGGGGCCCAGGCAAAGUACAGUCCCAGAGACCGUCUAGAGCAGAGAGGGUGGGGACUGCCCGCGUAAGUGACUCACCCUGCUGAGAGGUGGAGACUUAGGCUGGCUUUCCCUCCCUCACGGCACCGAAAUGCUAUGGAUCUGGGCUGUCCUCUUUCUGUUGUGCGAAGGCGAGUGGACGUGUGGACAUGAGUGCAGAGGAGCCCAUGGAGGCCAGAGGAGGGCAACACAUCUCCCGGUGCUUGCUGAAUCACAAGAGACUGGUAGCAUCUCUGAGGGGCCGAAGUUGAGGAGGAAUGUCCGUGAAACUGAGUCUAACUGCCCAGAAGGAUUAUAUCAUGGGGGCCAAUUUUGCUGUCAACCAUGCCAGCCUGGUGAACGAAAAUAUUUGGACUGUACAACCAGUGGUGGUAAACCAAUUUGCUCUGCCUGUGAAGAAGGGAAGGAAUAUAUGGACAAGAAACAUUAUUCUGAUAAAUGCAGAAGAUGUACAUUCUGUGAUGGAGAGCAUGGUUUAGAAGUAGAAACAAACUGCACCCGGACCCAGAAUACCAAAUGCAAGUGCAAAUCCAACUUCUAUUGCAAUGCUCCUGUCUGCGAACACUGUGAUCCCUGCGUCUCGUGUGAACACGGAAUCCUUGAGAGGUGCACAUCAACCAGCAACACCAAAUGCAAGCAAGAAAGUACCAGAUAUCAUUUCCUAUGGCCGUGCAUCGUCGUCCUCGUUUUGGGAAUAUUGUUUGGGCUUUUAUAUUGGAGGUAUUGGAGAAAACCUCAUGGUGACCCUGAGUCUGGGACUGCAAAUUCUGAAGACAUGCCAAUGAAUCUCCCAGACGUUGACUUGCAUAAAUACAUCCUGCAUAUUGCUGAAGAAAUGUCUUUAGACCAAGUGAUGACAUUUGUCCGGAAGAAUGGGAUGUCGGAGGUGAUGAUAGACGAGAUCAAGAAUGACAAUCUCCAACACACAGCUGAGCAGAAAAUCCAGCUGCUUCGGCGGUGGUAUCAAACUCACGGGAGGAGGGAUGCGUUUCGCACUUUGAUUAAAGGCCUCAGAAAAAUGAAAUGCUAUGCUCUUGCAGACAGAAUUCAGGCCAUAAUCCAGACGGACCUUGAAAAUGCAACUGCAGACACCAGAAUUGAAAAUGAAUGAAAGACAAAGACUCAAGUGAAAGCUACCUCAGUUCCAACUAGAGAGAGAGAGAGAGAGAGAGAGAGAGAGAGAGAGAGAGAGAGAAUCUUUUAAACCAGCACUAUGGCUGGUGCCUGAGUCAGAAGCAUUGCUAUGAAUUCAAGACCAGACUGGGCAAAAUAGUAAGCUCCGGACUAGCCUGGGUCAUAGAGUAAGACCUUGUCUCAAAAAUAACAAAAGGAAAAAAAGAAAGAAGAACAUUUUUAAUAAUGGAAAUCUAUAAAUGUUUGGCUUUUUGUUGAGAAUAUUUUCUGUUUCCUUACAUUUGUAGAGACAAUAUAUUUAUAAAAUGUGAAGAUUUCAUGAUUCUCUUUUGAGUAAUGUUGAAAGGCAUGUAGUGGAUGGGCAGGGACAAGAGCAGCUGCAGUAGUGAUUUAUGUACCCACAUAGAAGUCUACACAGAAGCAUAUAAAUUCAAUAUCAUGCUCUAGCCUUGAGUGUAGAUAGUGUGUGCUGGCCUGUAGUGGAUCAUCCUGCUCCACGGCCAUAGAAGGCAGGAGAUUGGCUAUAAAGUCACACACACUGUAAAGGUUGCUUUGUCCCAAUCCAAGUCCAAGAUAAUCUUAGAGGUUUUACCAUAUGCAGAGACUUGGCUAGCCAUCCUUAGAACAUACACAUGCAAAGUUUGCAUGUGUAUUUAAAUGUAGAAUUUAAUAAGGUUCUGUUUCAAAGAUUUCUUUUUGUGCAGACCAUUGGGGUUUAUGAAGUAAUAUUUCUGAUGUAAAUUUGUGUGGGAAAUGUAGAAUAAAUCUGAAUUAUUGAAUAUAUUCUAUUUAUAUAUCACUUUAUAUUUUCAAAAUAAUUUGCUUGUUUCUCAGUGCUUUUUUUUAAAAAAAAAAAUAGGAGUGUAUUACUCCAGCCUCACUACCUCUCAGUUUUUCCUUGUUCAACUGGAUACAAACUUAUCACUCCUAAACCUGGAAACUUUUCUAAAGAAAUAAUGGUCCCCCCCAAAAAAACACAACUGCCUUGGAAAUUUUAACCUGAUAGGAGAGCUACAUUACUUUUCUAGGGGUGGGUUAAGGCAUGUUAUGGACUCAUGCCUACACCACCAGUGGUGGGGACAAAAAUGAAAGCCCACUUGAUUGCCUUUUGGCAAUUCCUGGUGUGUUCUCUUUGCCUACCAAUGACAGUUGAUGCUCAGCAAAGCUAAAAUGCCCAGAAGGUUCUAGGAAUUGCUUCUGUUAUUCUCUUCAGGUUCUGAGACAAACCAUUUCCUCCAUCUACGGCUAUGCUGUUAUUUUUGCAUUUAAACCUCUACAAAAGUUGUAUUAAAUGUGAAUUGGCAUCUGCAGUGUUUGUGUUUGUGUUCAUGUACUGUGACCUGAGGAGACUCAAAUGGAAACACACUCUUGCAGUUACCUAGUGAUCUUCCACUAAUGGGUGAUUCUUUUCCUCUACAUAUGGAAAUGUAUAACAAAGGAGAUAAUUUUUUUAAUUAAAGUACCAUUUUGACAUUUCUAA